AUGGAGAUUCCACAACACUACUGGAUCCAGGUACGUGACUGGGCCGCUUUCGCGGUCUCCCAUCACGUGGUCAUGCUCCUCUACAUGCUUCUACUUCGCCACGUCAUCCCAUGUUUCUUCGUGGCCUUUGCUUGGGAGCACUUCUUCGUUCGAGCCUUCAUCUUCCACAUCAUCUACAUCGUCAUCUCUUACGUGAUUCGUGUCAACAAGUAUCCACCAGGACCGCCACCAAUGGCCAUCCUUGGAAACUCUCCCUUUGUUAGUUUCCUUCAGAUCUUACCAGGUCUUACCAGAAAUAUUUGUUUAGGUUAACGUUCUCACUCCGGAACAGACAUUCCUCGAGUACAGAGAGAUUUACGGACCGAUCUUCACACUUCACCUCUCGCGUACGUUCCACUCCUGCAACUCUUCAAGUAUUUUUCAUUUUUAGAGCCCACAAUCAUUCUCGCCGACUACAAAUCCAUCCACAACGCUCUUGUCGGAAAUGGUAAGCAAUUAGAAGAGGAAAAGGAAGAAGGAAGAGGAGUUCCGUGCGCGCGAAUCGGAUAGGGCACCGCGUUCGGGAAAACUGAUGUUCUCUCGUUCGGGAGAAAUUGCAACAUUGCCUAGCGAGUUUUUCUCUCCUUUUUCCCGUCCGCAACAUUCAUUCAAAGUAGUUCAAGGAUGAUUCCACUAGAGUGUGUCUCAUGAUUUACGUUUAUCAAACUGUGGAACGUGGAGAAAUGCUUCUUUUGUCACACGGGGAACAUACAAAAGAGCGACAGGUUUUUUAAAUGAUAGUGAUCAUCGUGUCAUCACAGGUGGCCCUUAGUUAAUUCUGACAAUAACGUGACUCAUGACCUUUUGCAGGCCACCAAACUAGCGGCCGCUCAAGCGCCGAGUCCUUCGUUCUGUUCACCGGGGAUCGCAACGACGGGGACGGAGUCAUUCUUGCGAUGCGUCAAAAGUGGAAGGAUAUGCGUCAUGAAAUCAGCCGUUUCAUGAACACUUGGUACGGUACACCGAUGGACGAGCUCGUUCUCCACCACACCCACUCAUUGGAGCAGGAACUGUUGAAAGUUGCAAAGACUCAGGUAAGUAACCGAAUGUUACUUUUUUGUUUUAGUCGCACUCUGUCCCGUUUUAGAGUUUGGUAGAUCUCAAGGAUCCUCUUGCCGGAGCCAUUGCCAAUGUCAUCCAGCAAAUCACAAUCGGCCGCAACUACCUCUACCAAGAUCAAGAGUUCCAAACCCAACUCAGAGACAUUAACGCCGUUGUCAAAGAGGUUCACAAAUCGCUAAUUUCGGCGUUUCCAAUCGGCGUUCUAUUUAGAUUAUGACUGCGGAAGUGUUCUUCGUGAACUGCUACCCGUGGCUGCGCUAUCUCCCAGAGGGCAUUCUUCGCAAGUGGACGAAUUACAAAAAAAGUGGAUUUAGACUUCAGCAGUGGUAAGAACCUGUUUCGUUUCUCCUACCACCUACAGUACUCCAUUUCAAGGUUCCGCACUCUAUUGGAAGAACAUCACGUCAACCGCCAUCAAGGUGAUUUCAUGUCACACAUGAUAGACCUCCAAGAGAAAAAGCAAGAUCAGUUCAAGUAAUAUUUGUAACAAAGGGGACAAAAACAAUAAAAUGUAUAUUCAGCGACCUCUCGAUUAUCUUAACUUGCGGAGACAUGUGGACCGGCGGCAUGGAGACUACCGUAACCACUCUCAGAUGGGGCAUCAUCUAUCUGCUCAACAACCAGGAAGUUCAGGAAAAAUGCCACAAGGAACUUGUCUCGGUAUAUCAGAGGCAAAAAACCAGUGACUAAUUUGUUUAAAUUCAGGUCUUUGGAAACGAUCUUCCGGACAUGAGUCAAAUGAACCAAACUCCAUACGUCAGAGCCACUCUUUCCGAAAUUCAACGCCUUGCCAAUGUCCUUCCAUGGGCUAUCCCACACAAGUAAGAAAAAAACCAUCUCUCAGAGUUUAGAAUCUCUCGGCUUUCAGAACUUUGGAGGAGUGCGAAAUCGGAGAACAUAAGAUCCCCGUGAAUACUGAGAUUAUUCCUGCUCUCGGUGCUGUUCUCUUUGACCCGGACGUUUUCACCAAUCCGAAGGAGUUCAAGCCGGAGCGCUUUCUGGAUGCCGAGGGAAAGUACCGCGUCAUGGAGGAAUUCCGUCCGUUCGGACUUGGACCGAGAGUUUGUCUCGGAGAGAGAGUCGCUCGUACUGAACUUUACCUGAUCUUCGCUAGUCUCUUCCAAAACUUCCGUUUCUACUUGAACAGAGGUACCUGAUCAAUAGUGUUCACUAUGAUUCUAGUUCCCUUUCGUUUUCAGAUGAUCCAAUCCCAGUGGCCGAACGUGUCGUCGGAGGGAUCACUGCUCCACCGAAGCCGUACGCGGUUCGCGUCGAGUACCUAAACCAACGAGAGAUCAAAUAA